ACUUGUUCAUUUGGCGGUGCGCGUCAUCCGGCUGUGCUGCUGCUGCUGCUGCUGGCGAGGGCGCUGUGUGCAUGCGUGCGCGCGCGUGCGAGUGUGUGAGUAAGCGACUAGCACAAAUUUAUCUCCAGCUCCGGGGGAGGGAAAGAUGAUGGCCGGUGGUGUCGAAGCAGCAAUGGACCACAACGGGAUAUACUCAACAGCGAACCUGCAGCAAAGCCACAUGGAGGCGGACAACUCGGACUCCCGUAAGCGGCCGCUGGAAACUCCGGCGGAGGAGGCUGGCUGUACCAAGCGCACCAAUACUGGAGAGGAGGGUGAAUACUUCCUGAAGGUGCUGAUUCCCAGCUAUGCAGCCGGCUCUAUCAUCGGCAAGGGCGGCCAGACCAUUGUACAACUACAGAAAGAGACGGGUGCCACCAUUAAGCUGUCGAAAUCCAAAGAUUUCUACCCAGGAACAACAGAGCGCGUCUGUCUGAUACAGGGUACCGUUGAAGCCCUCAACGGCGUCCACAACUUCAUUGCCGAAAAAGUCCGCGAAAUGCCCCAGAGUGCUCAGAAGCCGGAACCCGUCAGCAUACUGCAGCCGCAGACCACCGUCAACCCCGACCGUAUCAAACAGGCCAAACUGAUUGUGCCCAACAGCACAGCUGGGCUGAUUAUUGGCAAGGGAGGAGCUACAGUGAAAGCGGUGAUGGAGCAGUCAGGGGCUUGGGUGCAGCUCUCCCAGAAGCCGGAGGGCAUCAACCUGCAGGAGCGAGUGGUAACAAUCAGUGGGGAGCCUGAGCAGAACCGUAAGGCAGUGGAGAUCAUAGUCCAAAAGAUCCAAGAGGACCCUCAGAGCAGCAGCUGCCUCAACAUCAGUUAUUCCAACGUCUCCGGGCCGGUGGCUAACUCCAACCCCACCGGAUCCCCGUACGCCAACACGGCCGAGGUGCUGCCUAACGCAGCGGCGGCGGCCGCCACCGCCUCCAGUCUUCUGGGCCAGGCCGGCUUGACGGGAAUGGGCGGCUUCCCUGCCGCCAUGUCUAGCUUCUCUGGCAACGACCUCCUGGCCAUCACAUCGGCCCUCAACACGCUGGCCAGCUAUGGCUACAAUACCAACACCUUGGGCUUGGGCCUUAACCCCGCAGCAGCCUCCGGUGUCCUCGCCGCGGUCGCGGCCAGCGCUAACCCGGCGGCCGCCGCCGCAGCUAACCUCUUAGCCUCCUACGCUAGCGACGCCUCCAGCGGCGCCGGCCACCCGGCGACGGGGCUGGGCGGUUUCUCCCUGGGUUCUCUCGCGGCCGCUACAGGUGCUUCCAACGGUUACCUAAACGCUUCGUCCCCGCUGAUGGCCUCCUCCCUAUUAGCCACAGAGAAGCUCGCAGACGGAGCCAAGGACGUGGUUGAAAUUGCUGUACCCGAAAAUCUGGUGGGUGCCAUUCUGGGCAAAGGAGGAAAAACGCUGGUCGAGUACCAGGAGCUAACAGGAGCCCGCAUCCAGAUCUCCAAAAAGGGAGAGUUCAUCCCUGGUACCCGGAACCGUAAAGUCACCAUAACAGGGUCGCCAGCAGCUACACAAGCGGCGCAGUAUCUGAUCAGCCAGCGGAUCACGUACGAGCAGGGCGUGCGUGCUACCAACCCGCAAAAAGUGGGUUAAAAGAGAGAUGAAGGAAAGGAAGGAAGGAAGGAAGGAAGGAUGGAAUGAAAGGAAGGAAGGGAAAGGAUGAGGACAGAGCUAGAGGGGGAAUUCCUAGAGGGUCACAAUGGGGAAGAAAGGGAAAUGUCCAAAUAUUUGUUUAAUAUUUUAGAAUCAAAUGAGAGGAUCAAAAAAGGAGGCGGAGGAGGGGGGGGCACCGAAGACAAGUGUGUGUGCGUGUGUGAAAUUUGAAUGUGUUUUAGGACUGAUGCGUCCUGCUGUUUUUUAAAAGUUUGUGUCGAGUCCUUUCUGAUGAUGGCGAUCAAAGUGAGCUGAAGUGCUCCACUGCCAAGCUGCAGAUUCAAGGGUGAGAUCUAAAGUUUCACCUUCCUCUAAAACCUCAUUGCUGAUCUACUUUUACUCUUACUUUUUUUUUUUUUUUUUUUCUUUUUUAAUCUCGGUUCAACGGUUUCGAUGUCAGUCGCGGACCUCAGCUCCCGGUGAGUUGAGUGCGUCCAGUGAGGUUACAGCCAAAAUAAUGGGGCUGUUCCGCAAAUCUUUGUAUACAAUGCAGAAGGCACUAUUAUGAGGGAGCCGUUUUACACAAAAAAAAGAAAAAAAAGCAAAUGAUUUGCCUAUGUUGACAUUUGUUGAAAUCUUAUAUUGUAAUUGAAAUUUCUAAAUUGGGGUAUUUUAUAUUUUUAGCCAUUAUUUAUUAAUAUGAUCAAAUUCAAUUCAAACGUUUUAUUUAAACCUGCCAAUGCAGGUUGAUCUGAAUGUAAAAAAAAAAAUAUUGCCUAUUUUUUAUUUACAGGGAUCAAAUGUUUUGCAGUGAAAGAAAUGUAAAGUCAAGCCCAGUGUGAACUAAACAAGUGCAGUUUGCGAGUAUAGUUCAGGGGCUCAAUAAUCCAUGUGAGAGGAUAGAGGAGACACACAGGAAUGUAUUAAUAUAUAUAUAUAUAUAUAUUUAACAUGAAAACACAUAGCUCCCACAAAUGCACAAACAUUCAAAUAUAUCGUCAUGGCAACAAAACCCCCCAAAUAAGUUGUUUUACCCUUUUAUUGGUGCUACAGGAUUUCCGAUAUCCCUUCCCCAUGAUGCCGUCCAAAUCUCCCACUUGGUUCAGCCCAGAAAAUCUGACCCAUGACGAAAGCAUUGUUGAUCUCGUAAAAUCGGCCCAAAAAUACCCGAGGGUGGUUUUGCCUUAUUGUGGUGUACGUGAUCCCUAUAAUUAACGCAGGUAAAUAUUGCGCGCUCAAGUUGUAAGAAGUGCGUCUGUGAACAAACAAAAACGAUUGCCUUUACAUUUAAGGGUAGCAAAUAUUCCAAUUUCAGAGGCAUCCUCUAAUGAAAGGGAAAUCGAGCGCCACUCGAAAAGAAGGCUCGCUCGGUCACACUUUCCGACUGAGCCAUCCUUCUCCAUUUGCGUGGAGACAAAAAGGAGUUUUUGGCGUCAUCCGGGCAAGCCUUUUAUCAAUCCCAAAAAACACAUGGGCCAGAGUAUCUCGUCAAUCUUUUUCAAUCACUGUCUUUCAUGGGGUAAUAGUUAAUCUAAAGUGGGGAGGCCAACUCUUUUGAGCAUUUCUAAGCACUGAAAAGAAUACCUUGGCUUCCCUCUGUGCUGCUAUCCAUUGUGUUCAUCUUGAGUACUCUUAGUCUACGAAGACUGCACUGUGAGACAUUACGAACACAAUGUGAAGCUUGUCUGUCACUUCUGGGAUACGUGCGUGCGUGCGUGCGUGCGUGCGUGCGUGCGUGCGUGCGUGUGUGUAUUUCCACGUGCACAUCUACUGUAUGUUACACAGAGCUGAAGAUCUGACAAGAGGGACAUCCUAAAUAUCUUCCAAUGCCGUCAGCACAGGCACAGCGCUCUUAAAUUAGAGGAUGUGUUCUGAUAGGCAAACUGCUUUUUUACGCUCUCAAAUUGUGACAGCUAAGCCCCGGCCGGCCCCAAACGAAACAUCUUCCAAUCAAAAGUUGAACAAACAAACCACCGUGAGGUUUGUGUUUACAGCUGAGUAAUAUCCAAGAAAAUAUAUUUUUGUGGACAUUUUUUUUCCCCCCCCUUUCCGUCCCUCCCUUCCCUUUUUUCGGACCGAAGGAUGGUCCGACUAACCAUUUUGUUCAGGCGAUUGCCGUAACGGGGCGGGCCUCUCUUCCUGGACUUCUUCAUCACCAAUCUGGCUACGUGUGAAAUAGUAGAACAUUGUACUGCCCAGUGGGUUUAGCAUAGUCGAAUCAAAUAGAAGCACAAAAACAAGGGAGCGGGUGGGUUGAUUUAUCAAUGCAACUGGACUGCUUGAUUGCAGGGAGCUUAUUCUUCAAACCUCUGUCAAAACAGUGCCAAAUACAAUAUAUCUCUCUGCACCUCAUUCACUUUCCUCUUUCUCUCAACAUCUUAUUCUCCCCCUCUUGCACUUUUGUCGUCAUUCUCGGGUUCCACCUGUGACCUGCUAGCUCUCUGUGCUUUCUUUCUUUCUUUCUUUCUUUCUUUCUUUCUUUCUUUCUUUCUUUCUUUCUUUCUUUCUUUCUUUCUUUCUUUCUUUCUUUCUUUCUUUCUUUCUUUCUUUCUUUCUUUCUUUCUUUCUUUCUUUCUUUCUUUCUUUCUUUCUUUCUCUUCCUCCCCGCCCCCCCCCAACCCUACCGUACAGUACACUGUGCUCUCCUCUCCCCCUCUUUCUCCUCUCUCCCGUCUCGUCUUCUCAUGAGCGGUGUCGGUGGGGGGCGUGCUGCGCUGCCGGUGGGAGUUAUGCACUAGGUCGAAAGGGUACGAUACUAUUUUGCCAGGAGUUGACCGGGCUUAAAAUGCACAGAAAAACACCUGCCUCCAAAAAAAACUGUGACACCCACUACUAGACCAACCAGCAAUUUUAACUCUAAAAAAAGUGUCCAAUUCAGUCAAUCCGAGAACAGGUAAGAUUUUGAAAAAGAAUGGAAGCAGACUUUGUUUUUUUUGUUUUUUUUUUCUUCUUCUUCCCAGAUGAGAGCAGAUAUGGGUUGAGCAUUCAUGACUAUUCAUAUGUCGGCUGAAAAAAAAACGGAGCUCAUGUCACAAAAGCGAUCAGAGCGCAUACGUCGGAGGAAAAGUACGUGGGGAAGUGACCUCAAGCUGAAACAAUGACAUCCUUUAUGCAUAUCCUCUUAUCUGAAAAAUGACUAGACUUCAUUUCUGUGGAAUACAAUAUGUCACGUCAUAUGAUCUAUAUGUACUUUAUUGUAGCUAUUCUAGUUUGUAGUCUAAAUGCAGUCCAGCGUUGUCGAUACAAUGUGAACUAUGUUAUACUUGUGUGGAUGAUGAGAGUGCCAACUACGCCUGAUUAAGAUUAGCUUUGCGAUUUGUUUGUGCAUUAUGAUGACUCAUCAAGCGGUCGCUCGGUCGCUCGGUCGCUCGGUCGCUGGUGGUGCUGGUGGUGGUGGUGUCCAUAUUCCUGUCACUGAUCAUUUAGUUUGACAGUAAGAAAAUGUAAAGAAUAUUGGAAGCAAUAUAGUAGCAUGUUGUCCUGUUUUUGUGUUUUAUGUCUGUUGUAUGAACCUUUGAAGUUACUACAAGUUUUGAAUGAAUAGGUUUACAUGUACUUUUUUUUCUUUUUCUAAGUGAUGACGAUGCUGCUAUUUGAUAAGUCGACUAUACAAAACAUUUGAGUUGAAAAGAUGUCGGGCGGGUCCGUCGAUUCGAAAUACGCUCCUCCGGACGGGACAAGGUGUAUAGAAGACCACACGGUCAAGUCUUGAUAAGACAAUAAGUAAUAAUAGAGUCCAUAGUACAACCUGUGCCAAACUAGACCUCCCUCUGCAGCUUCUGAAAUGCUCGGUGUGCGAUCGAUCAAUUGUUAAAUAUCAAGAACUUGUUUAGAAGUGCUGAUCAAGUGCCAACCAAACACUGUCUUUUAAGUUGACAAAAGAUAAUCAUGAUGUAAGAAAACAAAAAGGACAAGAAACUGUCUGUGCAUUGUUUUGAUCCCAUAGGUACAUCCUAGAAUACGAGUAAAAAAAGUUUGUGCUUUUUAUGGAUCCAUGUCGUUUUACACUCCAUGCAUCCCUUGCGUGUUUGUUUGACCUGUGGCUUAAGUACUGCUGUUUUUUCACAAUGUCUCUCUAUUGGCCAGCAUGGACUAAGUAAGCAUAACAUGUUAUAAGCAUCCAUAACAUAGCCAUUAACGAUCGAAACAAAUGUGUUUGUGGAGUUAGGUGUUAUCUUUUUGCACGUCUUCUAAUGCAUGCUAUCAAAGAAAAACAUUUUGGAGGGGGGAAAAAAAAAAAGUCGACAAAAAUUGGCGAGGCGACUCGUACGUCACAUUCACGACACUGCAUGCGGUCAAAUGUAGAGUACUUCAGUUUUUCUCGCCUCAUGUUUUUACGAACUUGUGUUUUUAAUGUGGUGAGUUGGAAAGGAGUUUAUUAUUGUCAUGUUGGCCCAGAAAAACAGCACUGACACAACAGCACCCGCAUCUCAGAUUCAAGUUGAUAACUCCAGACAUCGUCGGUUCAGGAAGACGUUGAAACAAAACGAGCAAAUGUGAAAAUGGGAUUGGCUCCUUGUUUUGUGUUUUUUUUGUUUUUUUCACCUAAUCAGACACACGUGGCUGUUCGACAUCCAUUUAUUGAACCAACAGGUUGAGCCUCGUAUAACCUGUCACAUUUGAAAGCUUCUACUUCUAAUCUAUGAAUGUAUCCAUGACUUUUGAUUUCAUCAGGAAUGUCACAAACAUGUAGAGUUAAUAUCUAUGUCAGAUUUCACCUAUAGUCAGGUAGGCCUCUCACGGCCAUUGUCAUGAACCAGAUACGUUGAACCCAAUUUCCACUUCACUCGCAUUAUGUCAUUUGUUUGGUGUUGCAUAAUUGCACUUUACUGAUUAUUCGGUCAUAGUAGGUGUGAAUUGAAGCAAACCAUUUUUAUUUUUUUUUUAUUAUGAUGAUGUAAUUUGUAUUUAUUAAUCCUGUUGGGUGAAUGAUGGAAAGGGCUGGAGUCUCUGACAAAAAUCGAGAAGUAGCACACGUUUCUUCUCUCUCUCUCUCUCUCGCUCUCUCUCGCUCUCUCUCUCCAACGCAUUGUCCUUCACAUUCCCUUCAGCAGACGUUUGUGUCAAUCACCGAGUGCUUUGUUUUGAACAAAUGUGUGAGAGGGAUCUAUAGUUUGUCUUUUUUAUAUCUAUCUUUGUUGACUGGUCUUGAAAAUUCCAAAAUAGACAUCAUUUAUCCAGCCAAUUUUCUUUUUUUGGGGGGGGUGGGCUGAAGGCAACUAAGGGAUGCUUUUUUGUUUUUGACAUGACAGUCAAGUCUGAGAGGCGUAAUCAGCACCAGCAAAAAUGAUGAUUCUCUCUGCCACCUCGACAUGACGAAAAUAACGGAGGAAAACAAUUUGAACGCUGAAGGCCGUGUUACACGAGUAAUAUUUGUGUGUGGUUCUCUUCGGCUUCCGGCCCCCCUUUGCAUUUACUUCUCCAUAUCUGAAUGCCAAAUGGAUUACUGUAUCAUUCCAAACAAAAAAAAAAAGUCUAUU